AAGUCUAAAUUCGUAUUCAUUCGCGUUCAACAAACAUAUUAUGCAUUACUGAAAUUUUAUGAGAGCGGAAACUGGUGUACAAGCAGCUAAAAAUGUGCAUCUGACAAGCAGCUUCCUCUGGUUAUCCCUGAAUCCCAGCGCACAUGCGGGCAAUGGCAUGUGAUUGAGGUGGAAAAGACGUCUGUGUUUUAAAGUGUGAAAACGUCCUCACCGCAGAACGAAGAGGAAGGGAGGGAGUCCAAACAACGCACCACACUUUAAGUGGACAACAGAACAAUAAACAGACAUUUGCUUCUGUUUUGGCUUUCUCUCUCUCUCCAAAUAACCAUAAGGAUAAUGCCGUAAACUCCUGCUGUCGAUUUAGGAAUAGGAAAGCCGACGUCUGGAUUAAUUCCAUUAUUACUGCUGUUGCCACGACCUGACUCAUGGACACAGGCAAGCCAAAGCGACACCAAACCAUCCGUAUUCGUCUGUUUUUAACUUUUGGCUGCUGAUUCAUUUUCAGAGAACAAGGGUGAUGUGAAACUUUGCACUUUCGCAAAUUCGUGGUUUUGAUAAGAAGAACUUGGGGUUUUAAAUUGUGUUGACAUACUCUACCAAACGCUUAUUUUAUUGUUUAUAUAUAUCUUGAUGAAAUGUCCAGUAAUGUAAACAGGUUAAAAUCGCACGUGUAUAAUCUUUUAUUCCGACUGUUAAACAAAGGAUGGUAAAGUCUUAACGUGGAGUUUGUAGGCUACAUGGUCGUACUGCUGUCGCUAGUUUAUCCGGAUUUAUUUUUUGACUACUGAUUUAUCUGGAUGGUUUUAAACUCAGUAUCACUCAAUCAACACAAUAGAACCGAAAGCACUGAAGUUGUUUUUCCACGCGAGUCUUCGUCAAAAACAACGUGGAAAUCUGCUGGACUGGCGUCUUUACCUGGAGGUUACCGUGGAGGUGUAUCCUGCAUGGAGACGGAUUUAAUGGCCGUUGGCAACGUGGGAUCGGUACAGGGGGGCAUGAUGUCCUUAGAUCCUGUGGUCGAUGGGAUUUUGAUGGACUCGUUUUGCCAACAACAGGGAUGGGUUCGGGUGUACGAUGUGAAGGGGCCGCCCAGCUACCACUUCUCCUGUGGCCAGUCGCCGUUCACAGAGCCCUGUGUUUGGGAGAGGAAGUACUGCAUCCUGACUGAUAGCCAGCUCAUCCUGCUCAACAAAGAGGAAGAGAUGCCAUCUGAGGUCCAUGAAAGCCCCACAGCCUCUUCGUCAAAGGGCCGCAGCCUGAGAAGGACAGUCAGUGUGCCCUCUGAAGGACAGUUCCAUGAGUAUCCAGCAGAGGGCACCUCUAUGAUAGCAGAAGCGUCUGCGGAGCGCUCUCCCAGGCGGAGGAGCAUAUCGGGGCUGGACAGCUCGGAGAAGAACAUCUCCCUGGAUGGCCCCAACUCCUCGCCCUUCAAAGUGCCUGGUUUCUUAAGUAAACGACUGAAAGGAUCCAUCAAAAGGACGAAGAGUCAGUCAAAGCUUGACCGCAACACAAGCUUUAGACUACCAUCACUGCGACCAACAGAAAACGACAGGUCACGAGCCCUGCCUAAACUGAAGGAGUCGUGUUCCCAUGAGUCUUUGCUGAGUCCAGGCAGUGCUGCUGAAGCUCUUGAUCUGAGUAUAGAGGAGGAUGUCUACAUCAAACCCCUACACAGCAGCAUUCUAGGACAGAACUUUUGCUUUGAGGUGGCAUACUCGGGUGGAAGUAAGUGUUUUAGCUGUUCCUCAGCUGCUGAACGAGACAAAUGGAUGGAGAACCUCAAGAGAACUUUGCAGCCUAAUAAGGACAACUGUCGGCGGGCUGAUAACGUCCUUCGCCUUUGGAUAAUCGAGGCUAAAGACUUUCCCCCGAAAAAGAAGUAUUUCUGUGAGUUGUGUCUGGAUGACGUUCUGUUUGCUCGCACCACCAGCAAAACCCGCUCUGACUGCCUGUUCUGGGGGGAGUACUUUGAGUUCUCCAGCCUUCCUUCGGUCAAGAGCAUCACUGUGCACAUCUACCGUGAUGUAGAUAAGAAGAAGAAAAAGGACAAGAACAACUAUGUAGGUCUGGUGAAUAUCCCCGUGCAGGGAGUGAUGGGAAGGCAGUUUGUGGAGAAAUGGUAUCCUGUCAGCACCCCCACCACCAGCAAAACCAAAGGUGGAGGCCCCUCAAUCCGCAUCAAAUCUCGUUUCCAAACCAUCUCCAUCCUACCCAUGGAGCAGUACAAGGAGUUUGCCGAGUUUGUGACCAAUAACUAUACCAUGUUGUGCUCUGUGCUAGAGCCCAUCAUUAGUGUGAAGAACAAAGAGGAGGUGGCGAGUGCGCUUGUUCACAUACUGCAGAGCACAGGAAGGGCAAAGGACUUCCUGACGGAUCUAGUGAUGUCAGAGGUGGAUCGCUGUGCUGACCAUGACGUGCUGAUCUUUAGGGAGAACACGCUAGCCACCAAAGCCAUAGAAGAAUACCUAAAAGUGGUGGGACAGAAGUACCUACAUGAUGCACUAGGAGAAUUUAUUAAAGCGCUGUAUGAGUCAGAUGAGAAUUGUGAAGUGGAUCCAUCUAAGUGCUCCAACAGUGAGCUGCAAGAACACCAGAGUAACCUGAAGAUGUGCUGUGAGCUGGCCUUCUGCAAGAUUAUCAACUCUUACUGUGUUUUUCCCCGGGAGCUGAAGGAGGUGUUUGCAUCAUGGAAGCAACAGUGUCAUGCUCGAGGGAAGCAGGACAUCAGUCAGCGUCUGAUUAGCGCAUCGCUCUUCCUGCGUUUCCUCUGUCCUGCCAUCAUGUCCCCAUCCCUCUUCAGUCUCAUGCAGGAAUAUCCAGACGACCGCACCUCGCGAACACUCACCCUCAUCGCUAAAGUCAUCCAGAAUCUUGCUAACUUUGCCAAAUUUGGGAACAAAGAGGAGUACAUGGCCUUCAUGAAUGACUUUCUGGAGCACGAGUGGGCUGGUAUGACUCGUUUCUUACUGGAGAUCUCUAAUCUCGAGACCAUCUCCAACACCCCAGGCUUUGAGGGCUACAUUGACCUGGGCCGCGAGCUGUCAGUGCUGCACUCGCUAUUGUGGGAGGUGGUGUCUCAACUGGACAAGGGUGACAAUUCCUUCCUGCAGGCAACAGUGGCCAAAUUGGGGCCCCUGCCGCGAAUCCUUGGCGAUAUCACCCGCUCACUCUCUAGCCCCACCCCUGUCCAGCAGCAGCUCAGGCGCUUCCAGGACCAUAGCUCCGCUCACGACAUCAGUGGAAGUGUUUCCUCAGGACUGCAAAGAAUAUUCGAAGAUCCAGCAGACAGUGAAAUUAGGAGCAUCAAAUCCCCUGUCCAGGAGCACAUGGAGGUCUUAGCCAGAGGAAAGCAUCCCUUUUUGGGCCAGCAGUCCUCUGCGCACAGCAUGAGCUUCUCUGACAAAGAGGAGCGAGACAGUCCCCUCCCUAAUGGACGCAGCAUAUCUUUAAUGGACCUCCAGGACUCUUACCUUGCACAGGGCCAUCCAGCACCCACCUCUCUCCAUGAAGCCCCACCAAGGUUAGGACAGGUGGGCUCUCAAACAUCCAUUGGUCCUCUGCCUCCUCCACACCAAUACCAGCCUGCAAUCCAUCCAAAAGUCCCCCAGCUACGGGACAACUUGCCUCAGAGUGCUCCCCAGGUGCGCCGUCCUCUCCACAAUUCCCUUAGCCAGCAGCGCAGCCUACAGCCGCUCUCAUUCCAGAACCCCGUGUACCACCUCAGCAACCUGCAUGCACAAUCCACGCACUCGACUCAGUGUACACAUUCCGUCCAAUUCCUGCAGCCAGACUCUAGCUCAGAGAACCUGAGCACAGGCAGCUCUCGUAGCGCCAGCCCCAGCGCAUCAGGGCGGUGUGCCACCCCCAGGGCCAGGAUGCCCUCUAUCAGCAGCGUGGAGGAGGAACUUAACCACAAAAGCAUUCAAGGGCAGGAGACUCCUCCUCUUACAGCACGUUGGCACCCGCCCCUGGCAGACUCGCACUCUGGAGCACAGGUUGUGGCAGUGCCAAGGCAAAGUAGCACAGGCACGGCACAUAUUGUGAAAGUAGAGCAGCAGAGUCGUGGAGCAGGGUUGGCGGCAGGGAAUGCGGGAGCGAGAACCCCUAGAUCUCUUCCUCACAGCACCUCCCUGCAUAGUAGCAGCAGCAUCAACACUGAACCAAUGCAGCACAGUGGAGACAGAUCCAAACAGCAGUCCACGUGCUCCAGAAACAGCUCGGUACCUGGAGGGCGAGGUAACAAACAGGUCCAGUCCCCUGUAGAAUCGGUCACCUUGUCCCCAGUGGAGAGAACGGCAGCAUGGGUCAUGAAUAAUGGCCAGUAUGAGGAUGAAGAAGAGGAAGGCCAAAGCAAAGAGGAUGACAAACAUGUAGAGAAGUAUGAACAGGAGAUCUCGAAGCUGAAGGAGCGUCUGAGGGCGUCUAGCCGGCGACUGGAGGAGUAUGAGAGACGGCUACUGGCACAGGAGCAGCAGAUGCAGAAGCUGCUCUUGGAAUACAAGUCUCGAUUGGAGGAGAGUGAGGACCGUCUGCGCAGACAGCAGGAAGAGAAAGACAGCCAGAUGAAGAGUAUUAUCUGCAGGUUAAUGACCGUGGAGGAUGAACUGAAGAGAGACCAUGCAGAAAUGCAGGCAGUCAUAGAUGCCAAACAGAAGAUAAUUGAUGCGCAGGAGAAGAGGAUCAGCUCCCUGGAUGCAGCUAACUCACGGCUAAUGAGUGCCCUGACUCAGGUUAAAGAACGCUACAGCAUGCACAACCUCCGCAAUGGACUGUCGCCCACUAACCCCACCAAGCUCUCCAUCACUGAGAAUGGAGAGUUCAAGAACAGCAGUUGCUGAUUGGUGCUCAUGGACUUGAAGUGCCAUACUGAAUGGUGCAACAAGACAAAUCUCUGUCACUGAUUAGUGAAGUUCAAGAUGGACAGAGCACCCUUAGCUGGUGGCUAAAUUGACUGACUACUGUAUACAUGCAAUUCCAAGGAAUGUCUGGUUAUUAAUGUAAAUUAACAUUAUCUAAUAUUGGUAAUGUACAUAAAUGCUGCUGCAGAGAGGAUUGUUUUAAAUUGCGUGGGAACGUUCAGCAAAGAAUUUUGAGUCAGUAAGUUUGUUUUUUAUUUUAAAUAUUGAUAUAUGCCUAAAUGCAGAUUUUUGAUUGUAAAGAUUUGUAAUUAUUGCCUAAGAUAUUUGAAGGAGAUGUACAUAUCGUAAAAAUUUAAUUGUUUUAAAAGAAAAUAUGAAUAAAAGCACAUAGGUAUUAGUCAUAUUUGUAAAUGUCUGCAGGUAACGGAAGCUGACAGGUAAAAACAGAAGGUAAUUUUUGGCACUCAGUUUUCUAACACAACUUCUCUAUAUAUUUAUAUAUAUAUAUAUAUAUAUAUAUAUAUAUAUAUAUAUAUAUAUAUAUAUAUAUAUAUAUAUAAAAAAUUUCUUUUUUCUUUUAUUUUGUUGUCAUCUUGCAAAAGGUUGUUGUGUCUGAGGUGACAGACACAGUGAAUGCAGACACAGUUCAGUUCAUCAGAAAAAUAAGAGUACAUGUUUAUUUAAGGGAUAGUUCACCCAAAAAUAAAAAUUUUGUCAUAAUUUACUCACCUUCAUGUAGUUCCAAACCUGCAUGAAUUUCUUACUUGUGUGGAGCACAAAGGGAGUCCUAGCAGAAUGACUAAGCUGCUUUUUUCCAUACAGUGAAAGUCAAUAGUGACUAUGGCUGUCCCCAUCCACUUUCACUGUAUAGAUAAGAGCAGCUUGGACAUACAAAUAUAUGUCUGCUUUUGGGUUAAAUGCCAGAAACUAAGUCAUACAGGUUCAGAAUGUCAUGAGGGUGAGAUGAUGACAAAGUUUUCAUUUUUGGUUGAACUAUCCCUUUAAUGUGUUACUAAAAAUAGACCAUUGAAUGAAUUAGUGAAUUGAUGAAAUGAAAUAUUAUGAUGAAUUAACCAUAUUAUUUGGUCAGAUAUGUUGGUGAUAUGAUGCAUCAACUGGAGGGCUGUCACUCACCUUAACUUAACAAAACUUUUGCCUCGUACUGGUUUCAUGUAUCUGACCAGAGUGCUGUGAAACCGCCAAUCUACAGUCUCACUGCUCUUGUUCUUAUCCAGUUUAUUUUUUGUUGACAACUUCUGUUGAAUGCCUUUGUUUCCCACUGUUCUCACUCUGUCCAUAUGAACAGCAAUGCCUUUAACAUUUUGUGGCACAGAACUCUUCAUUGUUUGCUGUUCUCACAGUGAUAUGUUCGAUGGUCAGUCUCAAAGUUCAGAAGUUGACAGCUGAGCAUAGAAUAAAGAUGGAUUGUGGCCUCAUUGA